AUGCCUGGACGUACUCUACCGACUUUCACUCGCGCUGAGGUGGAAGCGCAUAACUCUGGUGACUCCUGCUAUGUCACCAUCGGCAACAAGGUCUACGAUAUCACCGAUUUUGUUGAGGAUCAUCCUGGCGGUCCCGAAUAUAUUCUCGAAUACGCCGGUCGCGAUAUCGAAGAGAUCCUCAAAGAUUCUGAUUCUCAUACACACUCUGACUCUGCCUACGAGAUUCUCGAUGAGAACCUUGUCGGAUUUCUCGUUUCUGAGAAGGCUGUUAAUGGACACGCCAAUGGAAAGGCCAACGGCAACGUAAACGCAAAACUACCCAAUGGUGAAGCCAACGGAGACGCAAAUGGCUCCGUCCACCCCCGAACCGGAAUGUCUUGCGCGGAGGACUUGAGCAAGGAUACAGACUAUAACUUGGACUACAAGAAGAACAAGUUCCUCGACCUGAACCGACCUCUCUUCCCCCAGAUCUGGUUCGGUGGUUUCUCCAAAGAAUUCUAUCUUGAUCAGGUCCAUCGCCCUCGCCACUACAAGGGAGGCCAGUCUGCGCCUCUGUUUGGCAACUUCCUCGAGCCUCUCUCCAAGACCGCCUGGUGGGUUGUUCCUAUGGUCUGGCUGCCUUGUGUCGCGUACGGUACCUGGGUUGCUUCUCAAGGUUUCGAUAACCAGCUCUACACCUUGGGCUACUGGGCAUUUGGCGUUUUCUUCUGGACCAUCAUCGAAUAUGUCCUGCAUCGCUUCCUGUUCCAUCUUGACUACUACCUGCCCGACAACCGUGUUGGAAUCACGCUUCAUUUCAUACUUCACGGCAUUCAUCAUUAUCUGCCCAUGGACAAGUAUCGUCUUGUUAUGCCUCCUACGCUCUUCGCUGCUUUGGCUGCUCCUUUCUGGAAGUUUGCACAUGCUGUACUCUUCCACAACUGGUAUGCUGCUUGUGCAGCUUACUGUGGCGGCAUCUUUGGAUACGUCUGCUACGAUCUCACACAUUACUUCCUUCACCACCAAGACCUUCCUCUGUGGUACAAGGAACUCAAGAAGUACCAUCUUGCUCACCACUUCCUUGACUACGAACUCGGUUUCGGUGUGACGAGCAAGUUCUGGGACAGCGUGUUCGGUACGGAGCUGAUCUACAACACCAAGAAGACGAAAUAA